AGUUAGUGGCAGUCGAGUGGACGCGCGAGUCGCUACACUCGCCGCUCACAGUAUUCUUCAUUUAAAAAUCCACAUUUAUGCGUAAUUAGUUUCGUGUUGAAUAAUACUCGAUGUCAGUGAAUGUGCGUUAUUCUGUGUUAGUUCAGUGAUUGUGUGGAUUACUGCAAUAGAAUUGUGAUUCAGGGUCUCCUGGCACACGAUGGUAGUGGAGCGAUGACACCCGGCCUGAAGAUGGAGUCUAAAGGCACCCAGAUUCACCUGCCGCUGAUGGGGCGUGGCAGCCGCGGCGAGAUCAAUGAAAAAGUGCUGUUCUCACAAGUCAAGUCUCCUCCGCCGUGUGCAGAACAACUCAACAAUGGCCAGCUAAUGGGGGGCUCACAAAUGAACCUAUGCAAUGGUGGUGCUGGCACAGCAGCCAUGAUGGGUUUGGUACCUAAGAUUCCCAAUGGUUAUGGUGACCAGAAGAAGCCUAAAGCAGCACUCACCCAUCUUCCUAAACGCCCACCAGUAGACAUCGAGUUCACUGAUCUCUCCUACUCGGUCAGUGAAGGCAGAAGGAGAGGCUACAAGACACUCUUAAAAUGUAUUAACGGCACAUUCCGAUCAGGAGAACUGACCGCCAUAAUGGGACCUUCUGGUGCUGGCAAAAGUACACUAAUGAACUUAUUAGCUGGCUACAAAACGUCAAACGUCAGCGGCUCCGUACUUAUAAAUGGAAAGGCGAGAAAUUUAAGAAGAUUUAGAAAAUUGUCUUGUUACAUAAUGCAAGACGAUUGCCUUCUACCCCAUUUGACGGUCAAAGAAGCAAUGAACGUAGCAGCGAAUCUGAAACUGGGGAAGGAUAUAACAGUUGCUGCCAAAAAAAUUGUAAUUGAUGAGAUAUUAGACAUGUUGAGUCUCGUCGAUGCUAGUGACACUAGGACUAUUAAUCUGUCUGGUGGUCAGAAGAAGCGUUUGUCUAUAGCCCUUGAAUUGGUUAACAAUCCACCUGUGAUGUUUUUUGAUGAACCAACUUCAGGUUUGGAUAGCUCAUCGUGUUUCCAAUGUAUAUCGCUGUUGAAGUCACUGUCUAGAGGCGGCAGGACUAUCAUAUGCACCAUCCAUCAACCGUCCGCUAGAUUGUUUGAGAUGUUCGAUUUUUUGUAUACCCUUGCUGAAGGACAAUGUGUAUAUCAAGGAAAAGUGAGUGGAUUGGUGCCAUUCCUGUCGUCUAUGGGAUUACACUGUCCCAGUUAUCACAAUCCUGCUGAUUAUAUUAUGGAAGUGGCGACGGGUGAGCACGGUGACUGGGUUCACAAGCUGGUGAUGGCGGUGAACAAAGGCAACUGCGGCCGUGGUCACACCUCUACAUCAUCCUCCACGUCAUCGGUUCCCCAAAACGUCAACUAUAAUAACGCGAUCUGUAAGAACAACACUCAGAAGGCAGAGGCUCUCGAAAUUGUAAUAGAUAAACCAACUUGUACUGUGAUAGAUAUGUCAGAGCCAACACCCAAUAAACCUGAGAAGCAAAACGCUCCUAACUCAACGAAUUUAGCACCGGUAACAUGUACCACGUCUCUCCUGGAUUCGAACGAGAGCUUCUCAAAGAAACCAGUCAAAGGUGGUUUCCCAACGUCAGGGUACAAGCAAUUCUCUAUCUUACUGAGAAGAACAUUCCGGAGUAUAUUGAGAGAUCAGACGCUGACGCAUUUGCGAUUAUAUUCGCAUACCAUCGUGGGCUUGCUGAUAGGUUUCUUAUAUUACGGUAUUGGCUCCGAUGCCGCUAAGGUCAUGAGCAACGCUGGCUGUAUAUUCUUCACUGUGAUGUUCACUAUGUUUACUGCAAUGAUGCCCACUAUUCUUACAUUCCCAACAGAGAUGAGUGUGUUCGUAAGGGAGCAUCUGAACUAUUGGUACUCCCUAAAAGCAUUUUAUUUUGCAAAAACUAUAGCCGAUCUACCAUUCCAGAUCGUGUUUAGCGGCUUAUACGUGAUGAUAGUAUACUUUAUGACGGGCCAACCCCUCCAAGCGGACAGGGUGGCCAUGUUUGUCACCAUCAACAUCCUCACUGCUCUAGUGGCUCAGUCGCUCGGCCUCCUCAUCGGUGCCGCCAUGAAGAUAGAGACGGGCGUCUAUCUUGGCCCAGUUACCACUAUCCCUGUGGUACUCUUCUCUGGAUUCUUCGUUAAUUUCAACGCUAUACCUGGUUACCUUCGCUGGCUCACGUAUCUCAGCUACGUCCGCUACGGUUUUGAAGGCGCCAUGCUCUCGGUCUACGGUUUCGAUCGUGAAAAACUCAAAUGCUCCGAAGUUUACUGCCAUUUCAGAAAACCGACCGUGUUCCUAGAAGAGAUGACUAUGGAUAAAGCUAACUUUUGGAUCGACAUCGGCGCGUUAUUAGCUUUCUUUAUCUUCAUAAGAGUAAUCUCGUAUUUAGUGCUUAGGUUCAAAUUGAAACUGAUGAAAUAGAUAAGUAGCACAAAUGCUUUUUGAAUGCGUUGUAUCCUGUUCGAAUUGGGGGUUUGUAUGCGUUAUCGCGCAUUCCGCUUUGCUUAUGCGAAUUUCCCUGUUCAGAUAAUAAGUAUGGAUAGUUAUCGAAAUAAGUAGCUUUUUAGAAAGCAGUUGGAGUUAGAUUGUUUAUACGUACCUCUAGUGGGUUAGUUAGUUUAAGGUUUUAUAGGAGUUUGGGCCCAUGACUUAACGUUAAGUUCCUUUAAAACUAGGUAAUAUAAUAAUUGAUGGGUUUUUCGUUUUUAGUAGUCCGCUUUUUCUUUGGUAGCAACAUAAUAAAGAUUAAAAUUAGCCCGUGCCGUGUGAUCAAUUUUGUCGAAUUGGAAUAUUGUCUAAAAUCAUGACCGUCUCGGAGAUCAUGAUUUUAUGUAAAUAAGUAACGUAAUUGUAAUAUGUGAACGUAUCCAUGUUGAAUAUGUUAAAUUAGAUGGUUGCAUAUUUAUUCAACCAUUAAUUUACAAUAAUAAGCGUUCUUGUGAAUGCUGGCAAUAUAUACAAUAUACACAUUUGCUCAUAAGUAAAUAACUAAUGAUAUAAUUAUGUUUAUACUACACUCACUUGGAAAGUUAACUUACAGAUACUUAAUAUUAUAUUAGUAAUCCAUCUUCAAAAUAAGUUAUAAUAAAAUUUUAUGAACAUCCACUUUCCUUGUUACUUUUUUAUUGCUGAAAGUUUUUGGAUUUGUGAAAAGAAGUUUUGCAAUUCGAACAAUUACAAUAUUUACCCAAUGCUAUUGGAAGCGUUUAUCAUUUGCCAAGUCUCUCGUAAAUUUGAGUUUUUGAAUGAAAUGUAAACUGGCGCGCUUUUUACAUUUUCAAUUAGCGUGUAAGUAAACUUUUUAGUGAUUUUGUAUUUUUUUCUCGUGAGUGUAGUAUAACGUAUUAUAUCCGCCAAGGAUAAGUAUAGAUCACUCAACUCGUAUACUUUAAGUAGUUCUACUUCGUGUCAGGUCUCAUAUAUUUGUAGCCAACAAAACGUCAGUUUAAGCAACUCUGUCAAAUUUCUUUAAAUUAUUGUAAAGCUUAAUGCAUUGAUGGUUGUGUUGAAAAUCAAUUGCGAAACUUCGACGUAUUGUGGUAACCUGGCGUGUUGCGGUGUGUACGUUGAGUUAUCAAUGCAUUAUCCUUCUUGGUCAAUAAAGGUGAAUGUCCAUAUCACAGAACAUACGAAACGGCCGCACGUUAAGCAACGGAAUAUACUAAAAAUUCCUACGUCUAAACUAACAGUCGCAUUUUUUAUAGAAAUAUCUAUGAAAAAUAUGAAUGCAGUGGACUUACGACACCGACAAAUAUAUGAAAUGAGCGAGUGGACGAGCACCUUAAAUACCUAUUAUUAGAUAUUUUUUCUUACAAAUGAAUAAUGCUCAUUAACGGUACAUUUAGAUAUUUUAAUGGCUUAAAAAAUAUACCUAAUAAAGCAUUACUGUUGCAAAUUGUUGUUAAAUAUGAUUACCCUGAGGUUUCUAGAAAAUAUCACAUUUUCAAAUUCGAUUUUAAAUUUAAUCGUCAACAGGUUAGAGUAAAAAUGUAAAAUUGAUAAGAGCAAUUCAACUGUUUUGUAUAUGAUUUGCAAUAUUAUUGAGGUUCAUUUCAACAUGUAUUUAGUAAACACAGAAUAUUGAAGGACGUUAGAAUUGCCUCAAAAAAUAGACGCCAGAAGAGCAUUUGGUUCAACUUAUGCGCCGUAUAUAAUAAAAGUGAGAUAAGAUUAUCGAAAAACAUAUGAACAUCGAAAAGAAAUGUAAAUUUUAAUUCGAAACAUUUCUUGAUGGCAUUGGACAAAUAUCAAUAUAAAACUAACAUAAUAUUAUUGAUACUCCUUCAAUUUAUAUUUGUCCAAAAGCAGCAAAAUUCCCCCAAAAAACGGGAUUUCAAGUUACAAUGGUUUGAAUGAUUUCUGAUUGAUGUCUAAAGAAACUUCUUAGAAAAAGAUUCGAAGAUUUUUCUGAGGUCUUACAAAAUGAGGACAAUCGACAUUCUAACUUCUUUCCAAUUUCUGUGCUGUAACUUUAUAUCAACACCGAGUGUGAAGUGUGAAACUGUUACCUAUUCGGGAUCUGAUGAGUACGUGUGUCAUAAAAUAUUUAUUUAAUAUUAUUAUAUAGAUUUAUAUUUGUAAACAUCACAGCUUAUAAUUGUGCUGAGCACAAAUCUACCCUAAUGGGUUAUACUAGAUUAUAUAGAAAUUAGUUUUAACGAAUGGCCUCAUCAUUCCUAUAUUUUUUUAUAAACAAAAAUGUAAUGUUUCAUUUAAUUUAUAUAAUGGGCUUAUCUUUAUUAUAUUGUAAAGUUACAAAUGUCGUUAAAAGUGGCUACUAAAAAACUUUACUAGUUAAAUUGGCUCUAGAAAACAACUCUGUCUUCUACAAUAUUUAUGUGAUUAUUAUACAAUACAUUGAACACGCAAGUGUAGUGACGUGACGAUACCGAAAAAUCAGCAUAACCGUUUUAU